GAGGCCUAAAUGUGAAGUAACAAAACAUGGUACAAAAUAACAAUCAUUUAGAAACCUCAAUCCCAAAAUUAUUAUGCUAUGGAGGUCCUCAAUGCAGUUGGAUUAAGUUCAAUAUCUUCUGUGCUUUCAAGAAAACCCAAAAAGACCAUUUCUUCUUCACUCAAAUCACCAAAUGUUGUCAACUAUAACAAGAAUAUCACCAAAAACACUGUUAAUCGUCUCCUCUGCAAACAUUCAUCUUCUCAUCAAACCCCACUCCUAACUCACCCUAUUUUUCACCACUUAAAAUCUGCUUCUCUUCCUCUCUCUGCAAUCACAUUACCCUUCUUUCUAGAAUCAAAGGAUGCUUUGGCUGCUGGAGGGGAGUUUGGAUUGCUAGAAGGAAGAUCAUUUGCUUUGAUUCACCCCAUUGUGAUGGGAGUUUUGUUUGCCUAUACAUUAUAUACUGGUUAUUUGGGUUGGCAGUGGCGUCGAGUUCGAACUAUUCAGAAUGAGAUUGGUGAGCUAAAAAAGGAAGUAAAGCCUGUUCCUGUUGCCCCUGAUGGUACUCCACCACAGCCUCUUAUACCUUCACCUAUCGAAUCCAAAAUUCAGCAGCUCACUGAGGAGCGGAAGGAAUUAAUCAAAGGAUCAUAUAGAGACAAACACUUCAAUGCUGGUUCAAUUCUUCUUGCAUUUGGGGUAUUUGAGUCGAUUGGUGGAGGAUUGAACACCUGGUUGAGGACGGGAAAGCUAUUUCCAGGGCCUCAUCUUUUUGCAGGGGCAGCGAUUACAGUGCUGUGGGCAGCUGCCGCGGCUCUUGUACCUCCUAUGCAAAAAGGAAAUGAGACUGCCAGAAGUCUUCACAUUGCACUAAAUGCAGUCAAUGUGCUGCUCUUUAUAUGGCAGAUCCCAACAGGACUUGAUAUAGUUUUGAAAGUGUUCGAAUUCACUAAAUGGCCCUGAUCCUUUGAGCUCUUUCUUCUUUGAUAAAUUAGCUUUCAGUGAAUCGACAAAGUUAUUACUUUUACAUUCAUUCUGUUGUUUUUCUAUAGUGUGCAUGGUAUAAUGACAUAAGAUUUGUCAGACAAUGUCAUACACACCGCUGCAAAUUAAAAGAUUAAGGUUGUUCUUUACUUUAAUAUGUUUCAUACCUAUAACAUCAGAAAAUCUAUUGGCAUUCUUCUUUCA